CUAGUAAGCUUCGUGUAAGCUUAAUAUUAUAAAAGUAACGACAGCGACAUGAAGACUCUCAUCAGUACUGCAAAAGCUUUUCUCUACAAAAAGGAUUUCGAGUGGGACAAAGAAAUUACGCUUCAAAAUUUCCAUCCACAAUUACAAAUAUUCCUUGCGAUUAAUGGAGUUUUCUUCAACAACCGUGAGUCGAAAAUAAGAUUCAUAUUUCCAGUACUAAGCACCCUUAUAACAUUGGUGGCCGUGGGUUUCGAAAUAAUUUUCAUAUGGCAUGGUAUCUCCGUGGACGACUACGGGUUCGCCACCGAAUGUUUCUGCUACUUCUUCAUCCUUGGCUCUGUGGGGAUCGUCUACUCCAGCGUGCUACUUAAUAGACUUAAAGUCUUUAAACUACUGCACAAUAUGAACAACGAUUUUCUUUUUAUUUGUAAUUUAAAGGCUGAGUACAGAGACACAUUCUUAACGGGCCAACUACUCAUUUGGCGGCUCUGUUGGUCAUGGAUAGUGUUCGUAUGUUUCAUAUCAGUUUUGUACAUUUCCAACACCCUGUUGUACCUGCUGUACCAGAGCACGUUGGCCACGCAUGACGAGCAUAUGAUCCGACCACUGAUCUUCCCGAUGUGGCUGCCAGAAGAUGACCCUUACAGGACACCGAACUAUGAAAUUUUUAUGGCUUUGGAAAUUAUACUCAUAUAUGUGGUGAUUUUGACCUUUGGCUUGUACGUAUACAUACUGUUCCACCUCCUGUUGCACUACUACAACCUGAUGGACAUGAUCCUGAUCGCGCUGGAGGAGUUAUUCGACGGGUUGGACGAGUCGGUGGUGGCGCUGCCGCGCGAAGACCCGCGGAGGCAGGCCGUGCAGGACGAGCUAAACAUCAGGAUGGGUCAAAUUGUGCGCUGGCAUCAGUCAGUCUUCGAUUCCGUGAACGACAUAUCUUCAGUUUACGGUCCGACGCUGGUCUACCAAGUGAUGUUCAGUUCUAUGGUCAUAUGCUUAAUAGCAUAUCAGGUUGCAGAGCAAUUGUCGGAAGGGAAAAUAGACUACCUGUUCGGUAUUUUAGGCAUUGGCGGCUGUCUUCAGCUCUGGAUCCCGUGCUAUAUUGGGACUUUGCUACGUAACAAAGGCUUCUUCGUCGGCGACCGCUGCUUCUACUGCGGGUGGCACAAGACGCCAUUGUCGCGAUUGCUGCGGCCCGACCUCAUCAUCUUCAUACAGCGCACGCAGCGGCCCGUCGCCAUCAAGUUUACCGCGCUACCGCAUUUGCAGCUUGAGACUUUCUCUUCGAUAAUGAGCAACGCAUACUCGUUAUUCAACAUGCUGCGCCAAUACAAGUAACGUGAGAUAUGAGAUGGUAAUU